CCAUCCCUCACCCCUACCGUCACCCCCAACACGCUCCUCUCUCGCUGCGGCUCUCGUUUCGGCUCAACCGCGCCCGCUCCACUCCGCUCCGAGAGAAGCUGAUCGAGAAGUGGUGGUGGACAUGGGCCAGAUCCAGUACUCCGAGAAGUACUUCGAUGACACCUACGAGUACAGGCACGUCGUCCUCCCGUCCGAGGUCGCCAAGCUACUCCCCAAGAACCGCCUUCUCUCCGAGAACGAGUGGCGUGCGAUCGGCGUUCAGCAGAGCCGCGGGUGGGUGCACUACGCGAUCCACCGGCCGGAGCCGCACAUCAUGCUGUUCCGCCGCCCGCUCAACUACCAGCAGCAGCAGGAGGCGGCUGCCGCGGCGGCGGCGCAGAUGCUACCCAAGUGAGCCCUCCGGCGAUGGCGGCGGCGACCGUGGGUUUGCUGCAUUUAAAACCCGAAUCCCCUUUUGAACUCAAAAAGGGGCGUCGCUGUGCUUCUGAUUAAUCUCUCCGCCUGUUGGUUGGAAUCAAUUGACUGGUGUUGGAGGUGUCCGCCUUGUGUUCGUGGUAUUGCCUGUGAAGGAACUGGCUGGGUUAGGCUGUGCUUAUCAUGAGUACUCUUAUACUAUGUGUUAUGUGACUCUGGUUGACACUCUUGCUCCUGAUGGUGCUAUUCUGGUUUGUAAUGCUGUGCUACUUAGUCCGUUGUGUGAUGAACUGAUGAUGAUCUCGUUGUGUUUAUGCU